AUGUGUACCCUCGCACCCGAUAUCGUCGCCGUCCGCGGCUACGAACUACGCCUCAUUCGUUGCACCCUCAGUCCUUCACCGCCGUCGGAUUCUCGCCACGAACGAGAAUCCCUGGAUGGCCUCAUCAACAACCUCUUGAACUACAUCGAGCGCGGCAGCUACGUCGAAGCACUCACCUCCGAACCCUCAUCCACCGUCUUCCAAUUCGGCGGCCAUGAAUCGCUUCCACUCGACGCCGCCGACCGAAUCUACUCCGAGUUGGUCCACCGAGCCGAGUCCUUCAUCGCGGACGCCGCCUCCAACGCCGCCGAACAACGUCGCAGGGCCGUAAUUGUGAUGUGCAUCGCCGUUGCCGCAUUUCUAGGUUUCACUCAAGCAAACUUCACGGGGCCUCUGAAAGAAGCAGAGCUACCGAAAUGUCCACUGAGUUUGGAUAGUAGUGAUGAAUGGGAGAAUUGGGCGCGGAAUCAGCUUAUGUCUGCUGGUUCUGACUUGCUUGGGAAGUUCUCGAAUCUUCAGGUACUCGUGUCAUGCAUUCGCUUAACCACAUGGCUCAGCUCAAGUUGA